AUCCGGGUCCUGGAUCACGUGUGUUACUGUCAGUUUUUAACCUGGAUAGCAGGCUAUCUAGUUUCCGGUGCUACUUUGCUUACGUUACUAAAUGUAACUUAAUAACGUACUUUAAAGAUGGGGAACUGUCGCUUACCUUCCUUCUGUGGUCCGUGACUUACCAAUGGAGUCCCAAGGCGUACGUGGAGAGCACUGUUGCAAAGCAGGGCUGUGGGGCUGGAAGACCGGGCUGCGAAGCUGAGCGGCUGAAGUUCCUAGUGGACUCAUGUCAGUGUCCUGUUGCAGAAAGGAUGUGGAUGGCGGUUUUCCCAAACUCCCUCCCUGGGUGUCUCCUCACCCUUAUGCUCCUGCGGCUGCCCACACUGGAUGCGGCUCCCUUUGAAGUCCUUGGACCUCUGGAACCUAUCCUGGCCUUAGUGGGUGAAGACUCUGAGCUGCCCUGUUAUCUUUCACCAAGUGUGAGUGCUGAGCACAUGGAACUCCGGUGGUUCCGGAACACAUUCUCACCGGCUGUGUUGGUGUACCAGGAUGGGCAAGAGCAGGAGGGAGAGCAGAUGCCUGAGUACCAGGGGAGGGUGACACUAGUCACAGACAACAUCACUGCGGGGCAUGCAGCGCUGAGGAUACAUGGCAUCAGGGCCUUUGAUGAAGGGGUGUAUGGGUGCUCCUUCAAAGAUGACCAGGCCCACAGAGAGGCCUUCUUGCAGUUGAGAGUGGCUGCACUGGGCUCUGACCCUCACAUCAGUGUGGAAGUUCAGGACAGUGGAGAGAUCCGGCUGGAGUGCACCUCUGUGGGGUGGUACCCAGAACCCCAGGUACAGUGGAGAACGCCUGCAGGGGAGAAGUUUCUGUCCACAUCAGAGUCCAGGAGUCCUGACCAAGAGGGUCUUUUCACCGUGGCCACUUCCAUGAUCAUCAGAGACACCUCUCUGGAGACUGUGUCCUGCUGCAUCCGCAACCUGCUCCUUGGUCAGCAGAAGGAAGUAGGGAUUUCCACAUCAGCUCCCUCUGAUGCAAUUUGGAGUUCCUUGAUGGUUGCAGUAUUGAUGGGACUUACUGGAGUAUUUGUCACUUGGCAACUAUAUAGAAAAUAUGUAAAGAAAAAGACAAAGAAUGAAACUAGUCCCAUAGAAUGGAAAUUGGCUCGAUCACAUGCAGUUGACGUGACCCUGGAUCCAGGCACAGCCCACCCCCACCUGAUUCUGUCUGAGGAUUCAAAAUCUGUGCGACUGGAAGAUUCUCGUCAGAAACUAUCUGAAAAUCCAGAUAGAUUUGACUCCUGGCCCUGUGUGUUAGGCAAGAAGCCCUUUACCUCAGGAAGAUACUACUGGGAGGUAGAGGUGGGAGACAGGACUGAUUGGUUGCUUGGGGUGUGCAGGGAGGAUGUGAUGAAGAAAGGGUUCAUCCUCAUGUCUCCCAAGAAUGGCUUUUGGGUUGUGGAAUUAUCUGAGAAGGGGUACUGGGCCCUUGCCCCGCUCCGAGUUCUUCUUUCAUUGCCAGAAGCACCUCAUCAGAUUGGGAUUUUCGUGGACUAUGAAUCAGGAGCUGUCUCCUUCUACAGCGUGAAUGACGGAUCCCAUAUCUACUCAUUCACUAAGGUCUCUUUCUCUGGCCCCCUUCGUCCUAUAUUCUGCUUGUGGUCUUGUGAUAAGAAACCCCUGACCAUCUGUCCAGUUGCAGUUGAUGGGCCUGCAGAGGUCACAGUCGUUCCUGAUGCCCAGACUCAUCAGAGACUGUUGCCCCCCAUGGGAGAAGAUUCUGGCUCUGGAGUCACAAAUAAUCAGCCUUUCUGAACAAGUGACAGCAUAUUCCAGCAAGGUCCUUUCACCUCCCCCCUCCAGUAUCCUCUCCUGAAGCUGUAGCUGUCACGGUCACCCAUAACCUCAGUUCCUUCUUUGGGGUACAGUCUUAAGAAAAUUGUGACUAGAUUGGAAGAUUAUGGGAACUUCUUAAUGUGCUUUAGAUCAGGCAGGCUUCAGGAGCUUUACCUUAAAAUCUAAGGGCAUAUAAAUGAUUAAAGAGGAAGAGUGUGACAAGAAACAUCUUGGUGGACAGAAUAGAUAUGAUGUGAAGCAGUAUGCUUUAUGUGACGUACAAAAAGAAGAACAAAGCAAAGGGUCUAUAGCUCUCUUUGUGGCAGUGUUGGAGAGAUUCUGGGUAGAGCUCCAGAGUUACGUGCACAGUUUACAUUUAGACUCUAUCCCUCCCUCCGUCCUCCUAUACCUUGCCCAGAUCUUGAUGUGACCUCUCUUCAUUAGCUCAGAGAAGUUGUCUUCUCUUCUCUUAUGGAUUUAUUAAGUCUCUGCUUGAGAGAGAUUUGCAGGAUGGUGAAUGCUUUCCCCACUUGAAACCUUAGCUGCCUGCUCCCUAAACCCAGGUAGCCCUUACCCUCACCUAGUCUCCCUGUUCUGCCCUCACUUGCACUCCCCCACCUCCUCCAUACCUGUAGCAGACACCCUUUGAAUAGACAAAUCGGUGCUAUUCACAGAUAGUUCUUCUGUAAUAUGAACUGGCUCUCAAGCCUUUUGUAAGUCCUACAACUGGUGUCCCUUUUACUUAGUAUUAGUAUUUUAUGCCAUUGAGGAAGAGAGGAUUGAGUGCAUACUGCACCAAGAGCUGAGCUCAGCCAUCCACAAAGGAAUACAUUACUGGACUUAACACCUUUCUGUUUGUCCUCUUCUGAUGGAGACCACUACGAAGCAGCCCUCAGCAGGAUUUAAAUUAAUCAAUUGGCUUUUCAUGUUUACUUGUGAGUCUGUCCAAGGCCUAGGCUCCUUGUCUGGAGAUGGGCAGUAGAUUCAUAGUAAGAGAACCUCUGAGAGUCACUAAUCCCUACUAAAACCUGUAAUGGUGGAUAAAGCCAGAAAGCCUCAAAGGUAAGACAAGAUCACAGCCAAGGACGCCUGGAUCUGAUCUCAACUAGAUAAAGACUAUAGCCUCAGGCUUCUCACUCCUGGGUGGGUUAACCUAAUCCUUAUUAAGGAUUAAUUUAAUACCUUACUUAGAGAAGUCCUUGAGUAAUUCCAUGCUUCUUGAGUCCUUCCUUCUCUUCUGAUAACCAAAUAAGUACAGGCCACCCAGAGAAGGUCUUGGUCUUAGCCCCAAGAGAAUCUCAAAUUCUCUGAGAGGGCUUUCAUCCUCCUGGAGCCCUGAAAUCAUUGCAUUUGCCUCUUUUUAUUUAUCCUUUGCCAUACAUUCAUUAGGGAGAUUGCAGACCUGAUCAGCCCACAGUAACUAAGGGAUAUUAUUAACCUGAUAACUGGCAUCUGAACAGGGACAUAUAGUCCUUGGACUGGAAAUUUUUAGCCUGAACGAGUAAAUCUACCUAGAGUGGAAAGUGGGAGGUGGAGAACCCCUUCACAGGGUGAAAACUUCACUAGGGAUGCCUGGAGAAAGGAGGAAGAGAAGCAUUCCACAAGGAAUAGGGGUUAGUCUUCCUGCUGUGAACAAGCUGUUUUUAUCCAGGACUGAAAUGGGCCAAAAAUUUUCAACCAAAGAGCAAAAAUACAUAAAACAGCCCCAAGGUUUCCUUAAAUGCUCAGGGGCUCAUGUGCUAAAAAAGAUGUAACAAAAAUGUUACAAGAGAUAACCAAGUAUAAUUCAUGGUUUCCUCUGGCAGGCAGGAUGAUGAUUGGGAAAGAGUUGGAAAAAUCUUUAAAAGGCACACAGAACAGGAAAAGUCAUUUCCCCUGAGGCCUUCUCAACUUGGAACACAGUUCAUUCAGUUCUAAGUCCAUUGCAGAGUUUACAGUCAUUAGCCUCUGACUUAGACAGAGGAAACAAAAGAGCUCCCAGCAGAGACCCUUAGGUUGGAGCAGGCGUCUUUCAAAAGAAAAUCCUAUACAGCUCUAUCUAGGAACUCACAGAUUUUAAAGGAACAAGCAGCCACAAAAGGAGAAAUCAUCGGCAUCCCCACUUGCUUCCUAGUUAGAACUCAGCAAAAUGAUCGUAAUGAGGAAAUUAUUUUGCAUGUGCCUUUUGAAAUUGAGAUGAUAAAAAAUCUUGAAGUGUUGUUCAAAUUCUUAUAAGAGAUCUCUACUAAUUUAUAAAAAAGUUCUGACUAGUCUUUUUAUAAUUGCAAAGUUUAAAAAUUGUAAAAAUUAGUAUAAUUCAAUUUGGCCAAACAUAUAUUUAAGUGCACUUCAGUUUUGCAAGCAAGUUAUCUUGUGUGUGUGUCUUUGUUUGUCUCUCUGUCCAAUCUGUAAACAGCUGUUUUAUUUGAAUUCAACAAAUUUUUCUUCUUGUUGAAUUUUUUGGAUUUUUGAAGCAUUUACCUAUAAUUUAAUUUGGCUUAUAGAUAAAUGUCAUCUAAAAUUAAGGAUAUGCUUCCAUCAAGGUUACCAGCUGGUCAAAAUGAUGUCAAAAUUGGUUUUAUAAGUAUCAUGCAUAUUGUUGUUUAUGUAUUAUGACUUGAGAGUCUCUCAUUGUUCAAAUUUAAUGUGUUAAGUAUUGAGAUUGCAUUUUCAUGGGUUAUCAAAAAUUUAUUAAGAUAAUUAAACAAAAAUCGCUUAGGCUGAGGAGAAAUUUUUGGACAGGACUCCCAGUUGAUGCAUAAGGAAGCAGUUGCCUGGAAACAUUCUUCCAGUCCUUGAUCAUUAAUGGGAAGCCCCAAUAAUCUCCAUAGCCUUAUGGGAGACACCCCAAUAAAUAUUGUUCAAAAUA